UGUUAUGGUUGUGGAAUUUUAAAUACCGGCAUCAUCAGGGCCAUGACUUUAUAAAAAGCAGUGUCAAAUUCAUUUAACAAACUGCUGUUUUUGUUUAGGAAAAGUGAAAAGAAACACUAUUACUGCUUUGAAUACUUUCCUCUUUUAAAAGGGAGAGUGCUUCUUUUAAAAACUGUGAACUUUCUGCCCAAAAAGUAGGGUCUCUAAAGCCAUUUGUGAAAGAACAUGAGAAUCCCCGGAACUUAGAAAUAAACACAGAAUGGUGUUUAUUUGUGUUAGUUUAAAUGUAGUAGCACUACGUGUCAGAAAACUGAAUCUGUAACACUUAAAAGUUAGUCUAAGCAAGCAAAUAAUAUCAGCUAACAUGGCUUUAAUCUACUAAGUAACUUUAAAUCCAAAAGAUCAAAGGAGGUUAUAACUAAAAACAGUCCUUCGUGCAGUUUCCCUGUAGAAGCAGGAAAGGCUAGAAAUUACUUGUCACCUUCAUAUCCUGGCUUGCUGACCUUGUGCUCAGAUCAAGCCCCUCUGUAUGCCAGCUGUUACCAUUAUUAAGACCUUGCCCCUAGGGGUUAAGUAGGAGAAAAACUCUCCUGUCCUAUUGGAGAACCAGCACUGGAAGUUCCAGCCCCUAACAUGCCUAAUUCAAAGCAAUCUGCAUGUGCUUGUCAUUCAGUCGGUCUUGCCACUCUGCAGAGCAGAGCUGCUCCUGCCAGCUUGUUGCUUUCUGUUGUGCUGUGUUACUGCAGCCAGUUACUGCUGUUGCUACUGCAGUCUAUUUGCAGAUUACACUGAGCAGGGAAGUUCCUUCUCUCAACAUAAAGGGUCAAGAAAUUGGAGCAUGGCUAUGAGCAAUGGAAACAAUGACUUUGUGGUUUUGAGCAGUGGCAGCAUCACAACCUGUGCUACCAACCCUAGUCCCCUCAACCCCUGUGAUGGAGACCUUGCAGCCCAGCAGCUCACACCCAAAGAAGCACCAAGAACAAAAGUGAGUCCAAAUGGAAGUCUGCAAGUUAAUGGCACAGUUAAAUCAUCCUUUCUGCCUUUAGACAACCAAAGAACGCCACAGAUGUUAUCCCAGUGCUGUCAUCCUUGCCCAUACCAUCAUCACCCUUUGACUAGCCACAGCGGUCACCAGGAGUGCCAUUCCGAGGCUGGCCCUGCAGCACCCUCUGCUUUGGCCUCGUGUUGCAUGCAGCCACACUCAGAGUAUUCUGCAUCUCUUUGUCCAAACCAUUCACCUGUUUAUCAGACUGCGUGCUGUCUUCAGCCCUCUCCAUCCUUCUGCCUGCAUCAUCCGUGGCCUGACCAUUUUCAGCAUCAGCCUGUACAACAGCACAUAGCCAACAUAAGACCAUCCAGACCUUUCAAGCUACCAAAAAGUUAUGCAGCCCUGAUAGCCGACUGGCCCGUGGUGGUCUUGGGCUUGUGCACUGUGUUUAUCGUGGUCUGUGCCUUGGUUGGAGUAUUAGUGCCAGAGCUUCCCGACUUCUCUGAUCCAUUGCUGGGUUUUGAACCAAGAGGGACUGCGAUAGGCCAGAGACUGGUCACAUGGAAUAACAUGGUGAAAAAUACAGGAUACAAAGCAACGUUAGCAAACUAUCCUUUUAAAUAUGCAGAUGAACAAGCCAAAAGCCAUCGUGAUGAUAGAUGGUCAGAUGAUCAUUAUGAAAGAGAGAAAAGAGAAGUUGACUGGAACUUCCACAAAGACAGCUUCUUCUGCGACGUUCCAAGUGACCGAUAUUCCAGAGUGGUAUUUACUUCAGCUGGAGGGGAAACAUUAUGGAAUUUACCUGCAAUUAAAUCAAUGUGCAAUGUAGAUAAUUCAAGGAUCAGAUCUCAUCCUCAGUUUGGUGAUCUCUGCCAGAGGACCACUGCUGCUUCCUGCUGCCCCAGCUGGACCCUGGGAAACUACAUCGCCAUUCUGAACAAUAGAUCAUCCUGUCAGAAAAUCGUCGAGCGUGACAUUUCUCAUACCUUGAAACUGCUUCGGACCUGUGCCAAACACUACCAAAAUGGCACUCUGGGGCCAGACUGCUGGGACAUGGCGGCCAGAAGAAAGGAUCAGCUCAAGUGCACCAAUGUGCCUCGAAAAUGUACCAAGUACAAUGCCGUGUACCAGAUCCUCCAUUACUUGGUGGACAAAGACUUUAUGACCCCAAAGACAGCUGAGUAUCCCAUGCCAGCUUUAAAGUAUAGCAUGCUCUUCUCUCCCACAGAGAAAGGAGAAAGCAUGAUGAACAUUUAUUUGGACAACUUCGAAAACUGGAACUCUUCUGAUGGCAUAACCACCGUCACUGGGAUUGAGUUUGGUAUCAAACACACUUUGUUUCAAGAUUAUCUUCUGAUGGAUACUGUGUAUCCUGCCAUAGCCAUUGUGAUUGUCCUUUUAGUCAUGUGUGUCUACACUAAGUCCAUGUUUAUCACUCUGAUGACAAUGUUUGCAAUAAUCAGUUCCUUGAUUGUUUCUUAUUUUCUCUAUCGUGUAGUAUUUAACUUUGAAUUUUUUCCUUUUAUGAAUCUCACUGCACUCAUUAUUUUGGUUGGAAUUGGAGCAGAUGAUGCUUUUGUCCUGUGUGACGUUUGGAACUACACCAAGUUUGACAAGCCUCAUGCAGAAACUUCAGAAACAGUGAGCAUCACCCUGCAACAUGCCGCCCUCUCCAUGUUCGUCACCAGUUUUACCACUGCAGCUGCCUUUUAUGCUAACUAUGUUAGCAAUAUUACCGCAAUCCGAUGCUUUGGGGUUUAUGCAGGAACAGCUAUAUUGGUGAAUUAUGUUUUGAUGGUCACAUGGCUUCCAGCAGUUGUUGUACUGCAUGAACGAUAUCUUCUCAACAUUUUCAGUUGCUUCCGAAAGCCCCAGCAGCAAAUAUAUGAUAACAAAAGCUGUUGGACAGUUGUUUGCCAGAAGUGCCACAAAAUUAUUUUUGCCAUUUCAGAGGCAUCUCGAAUUUUCUUUGAGAAAAUAUUGCCAUGCAUUGUCAUUAAGUUUCGCUACCUUUGGCUGUGCUGGUUCCUUGCCUUGACCAUAGGUGGAGCCUACAUUGUGUGUAUAAAUCCAAAGAUGAAGCUGCCCUCACUGGAGUUAUCUGAGUUCCAGGUGUUCAGGUCAUCUCACCCUUUUGAACGUUAUGAUGCCGAGUACAAAAAGCUUUUCAUGUUUGAACGUGUUCACCAUGGAGAGGAGCUCCACAUGCCCAUCACAGUAAUCUGGGGUGUGUCCCCAGAAGACAAUGGCAAUCCAUUAAAUCCCAAGAGUAAAGGGAAGCUGACGUUAGAUAGCAGUUUUAACAUUGCAAGCCCAGCUUCCCAGGUCUGGAUUUUGCACUUCUGUCAGAAACUGAGAAAUCAAACAUUCUUUUACCAAACUGAUGAACAGGACUUCACCAGCUGCUUCAUUGAGACAUUCAAUCAGUGGAUGGAAAACCAGGACUGUGAUGAGACUGCCCUGUAUCCAUGCUGCAGCCACUGGAGCUUUCCCUACAAGCAAGAGAUUUUUGAGCUGUACAUCAAGAGAGCCAUCAUGGAGCUGGAAAGGAGUACGGGCUACCAUUUGGACAGCAAAACCCCAGGUCCAAGGUUUGAUAUCAAUGAUACUAUCAGAGCAGUAGUGCUAGAGUUCCAAAGUACCUACCUCUUCACCCUGGCUUAUGAAAAGAUGCAUCAGUUUUAUAAAGAGGUGGACUCGUGGAUUUCAAAUGAGCUGAGUUCUGCCCCAGAAGGCCUCAGCAAUGGUUGGUUUGUCAGCAAUCUGGAGUUCUAUGACCUUCAGGAUAGCCUCUCCGAUGGCACCCUCAUUGCCAUGGGCCUCUCUGUUGCCGUUGCAUUUAGUGUGAUGCUGCUUACAACUUGGAACAUCAUAAUAAGCCUUUAUGCCAUAAUUUCAAUAGCUGGAACUAUAUUUGUUACUGUUGGUUCUCUGGUCCUGCUGGGCUGGGAGCUCAAUGUGUUGGAGUCUGUCACCAUUUCUGUUGCAGUUGGCUUGUCCGUAGACUUUGCAGUCCAUUAUGGGGUUGCCUACCGCUUAGCUCCAGACCCCGACCGGGAAGGAAAGGUUAUCUUCUCUCUUAGUCGCAUGGGCUCUGCUAUUGCAAUGGCUGCUCUGACUACUUUCGUGGCUGGGGCCAUGAUGAUGCCCUCCACGGUUCUAGCUUACACCCAACUGGGCACCUUCAUGAUGCUUAUCAUGUGCAUCAGUUGGGCUUUUGCCACCUUCUUUUUCCAGUGUAUGUGCCUGUGCCUUGGACCACAGGGAACCUGUGGUCAGAUUCCUUUACCUAAAAAACUACAAUGCAGUGCCUUUUCCCAUGCCUUGUCUACAAGUCCUGGUGACAAGGGACAAAGCAAAACAUGUACCAUGAAUGCAUACCAUUUAGAUCCCAGGGACCAGAAAUCUGAAAUGGAGCAUGAGUUUUAUGAAUUAGAACCUCUGGCAUCCCACAGCUGCAAUGCUUCUGAAAAGACAAAUUAUGAAGAGACCCAAAUCUGCACUGAAUUUUUCAACAGCCAAGCAAAGAAUUUAGGGAUGCCUGUACAUGCCACUUACAACAGUGAACUGAACAAAAGCACUAGAAGUGACUCUAACUCUGCCUUGCUACAGUCUUCUCUGGAACAGCACACCAUAUGUCAGUUCUUCUCUCUGAAUCGGAGAUGUAGCUGCCCAAAUGCCUACAAACAUUUGAAAUAUGGCCUGCACUCCUGUCAGCAGUUGGGUGACUGCUUGUGCCACCAGUGUGCUCCCACUGCCAGCAGCUUUGUCCAGAUCCAGAAUGGCAUAGCUCCUCUGCAGACUGCACACCACGUCCCGGAAGGCUUUGUACAUCCCAUCCCACACUUCCACCAGUGUCCCUGCCUACAGGGGCGAGUGAAGCCACCUGGAAUGCAGAAUUCUCUGCCUAGGAAUUUUUUCCUUCACCCAGUCCAGCAUAUUCAGACCCAAGAAAAAAUUGGUAAGACCAGUGUCCACAGUCUUCAGAGCAUAGAAGAGCAUCUUCCAAAGAUGGCAGAGUCCUCAUCAGUUGUCUGCAGAAGCACUGGAUCUUUAAUAAAAGCAUGUUGUGAUCCUGAGAAUAACCAAAGGGAAUUCUGUGAAAAUAGAGACAAUGGGAAUAUGGAGGGUAUUGGAGGGACUGAAAAUCAGGGUUCUAGUUUAGUGACUCUGACAAACAAAGCAGAAAGGAAAGUGGAACAGAACUUGUCACAGACUGAUGUGAUUGUGAGUUCAGAACAUUUAAAUCUGAGUGAACCAAAACUUAUAUUUACCCAUUUAAUAGGGGAGGCUGGUUACAUGUCCUGCCGAAACAAUCCACAAAGUUGUCGCAGAAUUGUGAGAGUGAAGUGCAAUUCUGUGGACUGUCACAUGCCAAACAUUGAAGCCAAUGUGCCUGCAGUGUUAACACAUUCAGAACUUUCUGGUGAAAGCUUGCUAAUAAAAACACUUUAAUAAAUAUAGCAUUACAUUCAGAACCAGUGCCUCAAUUUUUCUUUCAAAAUGGUAGUGAAACUCGGAAGUUUAGAAAGUGAGCUCAAAAAUGCAGGAACAAGCAUGUUUCACUUUGUUAAAAAUUAUGGAAUAUAGAACAAACCUCGGGGAACAAAUGCACACAUCUAAUGAGUGUUGGUUGAUUAUUGGGCUUUAUUUUUUCAAAAUGAAUUUUUGCUUUUUUACAUUUAUAGCCAGCUUGAAAAACAAUUCUUUCUCACUAUUCUCCCUCACCAGGGAAUUGGAGUUUGAAAUACAUAGAAGUUUCAGUUCUCCUGAGCAAUCCUAUUUACCUAAUAUCCUUAUUCUGGUGCAUUUGGUUGGCAGUGGUCAGGACUUUUGGUUGCUCACCGUAAAUACUAGGAAUUGCCUUAGUUGUAAUAGAGCCAGUUCAGUUGGGCUCCAGCAUUAAUAAUGUUUUACAUUUUGGGUGAGGCCUCAUUCAAAAAUUAAUUAACAAGUAUUUUAAUAGUGCCUUCCACCUUUCUGUAUAAGUAGACAUUACAUGAGGCUGAUGACACAUUUAUGUCCAGAUUGGUAUUUUUUCCACCUUAGCCAAAAUUUGCAUAUAUUCUGUUAUUGCAUCUAUUAACACAGGAGUCAUGGGUGUCAUCUCUUAUCAACUAACAAUUAUAUUAGUGAUACAGAAGAACAUGAAUGGAGAUAUUGGGUGAUCCAAAAUAGUACUGAACUUCACAGGAUUUGUUGCAUGUUUUGCAAAGAUGGGUCCUGGCCAGAUAGAUCCUCGUCUCUUGAAGCAUUUUGUGUAAGGGAAUUUGUUUUAUGAAAAGUUUUACUUCUAUCUUUGUCCGUAACGGAACAUGUCAGACAUCUUAUUUUUCCUGUGUUUUGGUGAGCUAAAAGCAGUGUUUAAAAGACUUGUAAGGAUGAUUUUAUUGUGCAACUAACACCUGGAAAUGUUAAGCCUUCAGGCAGCAUCUUAAAUGGCACUUGUGUAUCUUAUGUUAGAUCAGUCUCUAGUAAUUGAGCUGUUGGAGCAUGCUUCAGGUGGCAUAGCCCUUAUAACAGAGUGUCACCUGAUACUAAGUGCAUUACAGCCCCACAGGAAGAGAAUUCAGCUGCAUUCUGCUUCUUCCUGUGCUUCUGUCUCAAAUUGGAUCCUCUGAAUAAAACUCAUGGAAAUAUUUCUAAAUACAGCAUUCUUUUCAAAAGUUACAUUUAUGUUUUUCUAAGAAUAGUUUUUCAAGUUAUAUCUGCAUGUUAUUGUAGGGCCUUAUAAAAACUGUGUGGAUUUGAAAGGAAUCUUAUGGUUCAUUGAAUCCAACUCACCUCCACCAAACCAUAUUCCUGUUAAGUAGCUUUUCCAGCUUUUGCUGGAAUACUUCAAUGACAAGUAACAUGUCUACCUUGGUUGCACUUUUGUCCUGUAGUUUUUCUACAAGUUGGUCUUCAUUCUAUUCUCUAAAAUGAAAACAAACAUCUCUGAUCUUUCUGCCACAUGGGAGCCCUUCAGAUAUUUGAAAACAGUAAUCACGUCCUCCCACUCAUAUCCCCAGUUCACACAAUUGUUUUUGCCUGACGGAGCAAUUAAUUGUCUCCUCUGGAUAAGUAAGUUUGUUGAAUUCCCUCUCCGAGUGUGGAACCCAAAACAGAUUCUGAUACGGCACGGGAGGAUGGCCAGCCCCAAGGAGAUUGGUUGGUAUGCCUGUUAAUUCACUUAUAGAUGGAAAUAACUUUAGGCUCAAGUAUUACAGCAGACUCUCAUGCAGCUUAGAGGGAACUAAAACCACUAGGUCUCUCCCAUGGACUGCUGCUAAGCUGCCUCUUCAGACCAGUUAGUUUCUACACUGAAGUUCAGAACCUUAUGUUUCUGUAUGCUCAUGCCCAAUUCACUUAAUUCUGUUAAAGUGGGGUAAACGGGGAGAAGGGAACACCGAAAAUAGAACUCACAAAACCCAACACUAGAUUUUUUUUAUCUUCUGAGAUUGAUAACCAUAAAGUUGGCUAGUAAAAAUGUAGUGGCCUCAAACCACUUCUUUUGUUGGGCACAGACACAUUGAAUUUACGUGCAAGAGGAAACACAAAUUUCUUUACAAAUAGGAAGACAUUCAUGUGAGCUAAAUGUCAUUUAAUUAGAAAAGAAAAACUGGAAUGAAAGGAACUUAUUAAAGGAAGGGAUACGUCUCAGGGCUUUUCUCGGGGCCUCCGUCUAGCUGCUGCUGUCAGAUCUUCUUCCAAACCUGCUCUUGCUGGGCCUGAGGAGGCCGGAGGGGCCUAUCCCCCCAGUGCUGCUUAGUUACCCUGAACCGUGAAUGUGGUCAGGAACCCUUUUCACAUUUAUUUUAUUUAUGGACUUUGGAUUGACUAUUUUCCUUUUUCAUGCAGGGGUUUUUGAGCAAUUCAUUUACUGGGACUCAAACACCUUUUUUAAAAUUCCUCAUUAAAGGAUCAUUAUGUCUAGUUCUGUUUCACAAAGAAAAUUCCUCCACUGUCCUCUUCUAGAAAAUUUGUAAAGCAGAUAAGAGGUUAAAUUACACAAAGGGAAAAGAGCCCUUUCCCCCACUGCUGAAGUAUCUGUUACUUGGAAGGAAUUUGAUUAUGGGAAGGAUUUGCAUACCGUCUGUUACUGCAACUGAGAAAACAGGCAGGCCCAGGGGAAAAUGGCAGAAUGCGGUUUGGGGGGUGGGGGGCCUUCCUUACUUUAACCCUGUGGGAUGCUUUCUGUGGAUCCAAAUGGCUUUUCCUUUGAGGUUUCAAGUCCUUUUUAUCAAAUUUGUUCCUGAUUUCUUCCUUCUGAGGUCACUUUUUAAAUCAGUAUUUGAUUGGAAAUGUGAAAUUGGCCAAGAGCAAGAAAUUUUUCACAGAGAAGAGCUGUAUUGUUUGAAAUACCUAUAUGGCUUCAUCUGUGUAUAUUCAUUUCUUGUGUGGAAUUACUGUAAAAUGCACCUCCUAAAACAAUAUUCUUUAAAGUUAUGCUGAGCUGCUAUUAAAUUUCAUUACAAUAAUUUAUGUCCCAGCUUCAAUCAUUCUAAAUGUUAAAACUUUUGCAACAAGCAAUCUGAAUAGUGCUUUUACAAAUGUGGUCUUAAGAAAGAUUAGGAAAUGUUCCUGGUUCACAUUAUCUCUCAUGUAAACCAUCUUUCUGCUAGCAGUUAUGCUAGUUUGUGAAUGAACUGUAAGGAAACAAUGACUUUGAAAUCAGCUGUAACUUUUCACUUUAAUGAGGACAGUCAUCCCAAAAGAAAAAAUUAAACCUCUGUAAUAAAAAAAAUAUAUAUAUCUAAAGACUCAAUUGGGGUUCUUUCAUAAAGUUUAGACACAGCCACGGAGGUAGACAUUUAUUGAAAUCAUGAGAUUUUUUUUUUCUAAUGCAGAAGGAAGGAACAUCAAAUACCCUUUAAACCAUAUUAGACCUUUCCAAAAUGUUUGCUGGCAUUUAAUGUUUAUCUCCAAUUGUUGUUUUAUGAAUCUACAAUGCUUUCUUUAUAGAACUACCACUUUCAUUAAUGCUUUUUUUCGUACACUCUGGUUUCACAUCUCUGCAUUAAAUAAAUAGAAAAAAGACAAGUAAGGAAUAUUCAUAGCGUAGGUAAAAUCUUAUGUCUUAACUGCUCUAAUUUUGGGAUUUGAGUGAAAAAAUGUGCCAUUUCUCUUUUAAUUAGCUUUGGAAACCAAAGCACACACACAAGAACCACUCACUGAACAGCCAGGAUACAGUUUCCGUCUGCUCCCCUAAGCCGUCAGUUAAAGCAGGCCAUCAGCAACAGCAGUGCCACCAGCUCACAGCUUAUAACCUACUGGAGCCUGAGGGACAUUUGUUACACGAACAUUCUCUUUCCUGAGAUUUUGGGGGUGUGCCUGUUGUUUUAAAUCUUAGGGAGGGGCCGUGGAAUAAAAGCAAUGGUGUUCUGCCUUCAGAAAUCAUAGGCCUAGCCUGGGCGUUCUUCAGGGAUUUUAUUUUAGGUAACUUGGAAAUCCAUAUACAUCUUAUUUUGAGUAAGAAGACAAGUCGGUGGCCCAACUUGUCAAGAGAAACUCUAUAGAGUACAUGCUUUCCUCUGAAGCGAUUUAAGCCAACAUUUGUAGUAUCAGUCAAUACUUCUAACACCUAACAUGGAGCUCAUUUCUUGACUUUGUGCUUUAAUUAGUAACUGUGAUAUUCCUGACCCUGUGACUAUCCCAGGAAUUAAACUUCAUGCUCUGAAAUCAGCUAGAAGAGCUAAAUUUUAAUGUUUACCAGUUAAAAUCCUGUAUUUUUUUCACAUGCCUUUCUGUAAUGUAAUCUAUACCUUCCUAAAAAAUGAAGGGCAGAUUAUCUUCAGCAAGAAAUGCUUUUCUUUGGAAGCCAAUAAAGUUCUUAUACAAGCUGGUUUUUAAUUUGAGACAAAGUGAUGAUCAAAGUAAAACUUGCUUAACCUCUAUCCUCUUAAUUGGACAUUCUGGUCAAUGAACUAGACUUUAGCUUUGCACUAUUUAAAGAGGAAAGGAUUUGCCAAGUAAACCAGUAAUGUAAACAAGAUUACAAAGAGCCCAUUUAGCCUGCCUAAGAAAACAGACCUCUAGAGUUUAAAAAAACCACUGUGGUGUUACUACUAUCUUUGCAACAUAAUGUGAUCAUUACAAAUCUCAUUAUAAAAAGGGUCCAGUAGGAUUAUCUCUAGGCAAAACUUUACCAGAUGUUUCAAAUAUUGGUUGAAAACGAUUCAAUAGCACCUAUUUUUAAAUAGUCUUAAACAUGGUCUUUCUCUGAUGCUCCCCACUUCACUAGAGCCAUUAUUCUGUGUUGGGAAUCCCUGUGGUCUGCAAGUGACUUCUAUUUCUCUACAUUCCGGCAGCAAUCAAGUGCUCGAUUCAGUGUAGCCUGAAAAGGAUGAGGUGUGCAACGCCACAAGCUUCACCUUCCCUCAGGUGAAAUUUCUUUUUAUGCAGAAAUCUGAGGAAAGGCUUUGGGGAGUAUCUCUGAUAACAUUUUUAUUUGCCACUGUCUAUUCUUUUCUAGAGCUUGAUCUCUUUCUUUGCAUUUAGUUUCCUCAAUAGUGCAUGUUUUAUUAGUUGUAUAUAUCAGAUGGAAAUAGAAGUUGCUGAGUAAUUCUAUCACAGGUCCCAACUUGAAUGUCUUUGUACCACCCUAAAAAGAGGCCCUCAGCUCUGAUGGGCAGGGAGAGGAGAGACUCCUCCUGUGAAUGACUUCCCUGCCAAUCAUGUCACAGGCUCUAGCAGUGGUAAGUCUCUACAUGUUACCAUCAGAGAGUAAGCAGAGCUUGGAAAAGCCCACCUUGAGACAAAGCUCAAUCCUUCCUUCAAAUCAGAAAACCGAUUUAGGCACAAAUCCUGCUCUGGAAACAAAAACUGUGAUUUUUUUUCUCAUCCAUAGGUUGACUGUUACAAACCAUCUGGGGGUAGGAGAAUUCAUCUUGAGUCCCUGCAGAGGUGGAGGGAAGAUUUUCUGUUCUCUGGUUUUUAUGUCAUGUUUGGGUCUUGGGAGAAUCAGGCUACUAGCUGCUCAGUCUUUUCAGUGCUCUGGGCUAUCCUGAUGGGAACCGUGGGUAACCUCCCUUGCAGGGACUCCACCACUCCACUGGGCUAGGGAGGGGACGAGCCCUCGGGCUUCACUCACACCAAGCACCCAUCACCCUAGAUUACAGUUGUCUGAUUAUUUAUCCGUCUCCCUCCCUAGACUACUCCUUGAGAGCAAAGAUUCUCCCCAGCACCCAACUGUGUUUAAAAGGAAUGGAACUUUAUUGAAAGCCCAUUGCACUCAGGGCCCUGAGACAGGCCUCUUGACAACACAGAGCCCUGGCUUUCAUGAAAACUACAGGCCUUAAAGUCAAAAUCGAUGCACCCCAAAAGGCUCUCCAAAGUAAGUAAUGGUGCAAACAAGAGUUUUUUGUUUUGUUUCUUUUUAAUGGGAGACAUGAUAAAUGUAGAAAUUAGUGUUCAGAUAGUCUCAAGCAUUAUAGAAUCACCCCUGUGGAAGGCAGAGCCUAAAAAAAAAUCAAGAGAUUUGGAUUUAAAAGACAAAAACCUAGGUUGAAGAGCAAGACCUGACACUUACUAGUACCUCACCUUUCUCCUCUAUAAGCUAAAGCUGACAAUACCUACCUCACAGGGUUGCAGUGAUUAAAUGAGACGAGGCAUAUUAGAGAGCUUUACAAAAAGCUACUAGGUAAACAUUACUAUCCCAAUAGUUCUUAAACUAAGACGUCAUUGUUUUCUAUCCUUUAAAGCACAUCCUGCAAAGAUUUGAGCAGGAGAUCCUCUGUUAGCCUGUGCCAUGUCAUAUCUAUGCUAUAUGUAUAUUUGCUUAUAUUACAAAUACUGUAUAUAUUGUAUGUAUAUAAAUGUGUGCACAUGUAUGUGUUCAGUGUGUAUGUUUGUUGCAAAUAAUUCAAUAAUAAAAACU